AUGACAGGAUCACCUGGAUUGACAGGAAGAACUGGUCAACCAGGUAUGACAGGAUCACCUGGAUUGACAGGUGUUCCGGGAUCUCAGGGAUAUACUGGAUUACCGGGAUAUACUGGAUUACCGGGAUAUACAGGAUAUAUGGGAAGAACAGGAGUUCCUGGAGAUACGGGAUCAACUGGAAAUACGGGAUGGACAGGAAAAACUGGUCAACCAGGUAUGACAGGAUCACCUGGAUUGACAGGUUUUCCGGGAUUUCCGGGAGAUCCUGGAUUAAUGGGAUAUACUGGAUUACCGGGAAAUACAGGUUAUCUUGAAUUUUGUGAACAAUAUCAAAUAUUUAAAAACGGAGUUCGUCUGAUUUUGUUUUCUGUUGGGAAUUUUUCGGCUGCAGAUAAUAUUGUCGGAAAUUUUAAAAUAAUAAUAUGA